AUAAGUAUGAGCUGAAGCACCACUGUAACCAGGAAGGGUAGGUCGAUAGCUGGGCUAAUGAAAAGGUUGGCAGUCCUGUGAAAUCAGUUUCUUUCAUAACAUCGUCGAAAACUUCGAGCAGAUUUCGAGUGAAGCGAGCAGACGUUUUUACUUAACCUUACCCGCCCCGGAGCCACACAUUGCGCGGAUGGGAAGUCGCAGUUAGCUGGGGUUGAGGAGCCAAAGCUGGGCGUUUGUGGGCUGUUAAAAUGGAGGAUGAAGAGGUUGCGGAGAGCUGGGAAGAAGCGGCAGACAGCGGGGAAAUAGAGAGAAGACUUGAGGCAAAGUUGAAAAUAAACCAGCAGGCAAAGAAGUCCACUUCAAGUUCACCUGUGAGAACUGCAAUUGUAAUCCAGGACGAAUCUCUUCCUGCAGCACCACCACCACAAAUUAGAAUUUUAAAGCGCCCGUCAAAUAACGGUACUGCGGGAAAUCCUGCAUCAUCGUCUCGGCCUUCCCAGCAGAUGAAGUCUUUGGCACAGCGAGAAGCGGAGUACGCGGAGGCUCGUCGGAGGAUUCUGGGUAGUGCUUCAUCUGAUGAUACACCUCAAGACAAUCCAAGCCAAGAGAGGCCAGUACGUAUGGCUGCACAGCCACCAGAACCAGUUCGUCCCAACAAUCACGCGAUCCGCCAGCCUACCGGGCCUGACGGUACCUCAGGCUUCCGACUCGGCAGAUAAACCAGAUCCUCCUGCUAUUAAGGUCAAACGUGUUCCCAAGAGCAGUGGAAGGGUGUGCGGUAUCAAGAGCAGAGUGGUGUGUGAACAUUUGAAACACGAAGAUAAACAAUGCGCUGGUCCACCCGCUCUCUACCCAACUUAACUGGCAUGGUCUUUGCCAUCAUCUGCCUUUGUCUUUUCCCUACGUGGAGCAAUAGAAGGGGCUGGCAGAGAAUAGCCACAUCCUUGUCUGUUCUACACCAGAAGGAGGCUUUUGCCUAACAUCCCUAAACACUGUGAUACUUUGCUAUACCAUGAGGUGCCCUUUGACGCUUAACUCGUUCGCAGGCGAGUGCCGGGAUGGCCGGGUCGGGCACUUCUGGGUGAAUUCAGUAAGUCUCGGAACAACCCCUGGAAACGAAUGAGCUGGCCUUUUCAUGGGAAGUUGAGCAGGUCAUGCCUUCCGAUAAGACGGGUUCAGGCGGUUAAGUAUUUGUGUUAAAUUAGUACGAUAUGAGGCACUAGAAAGUCAACCUGGUGUCCCCCUAAAGUCACGCACGUUGCUUUUUGUGUUUUAACACACAAGGGGUGCAAAGGAGCUGUCCACGCACAAUAGUGUGGUGGUGACUGCCCAAUGGUCAGCCAGAUAAAACAUUCAAAGGUUUCAUUAUUCAAGCAAUAACAAAUGUUUUUCUUCAUUUAGUUUUCAGUCAUUGUCAGUGUUGAAGUGGGCUGUUUUCUUUGAAUUGCAUCCUGUUUUUGUUUCGCAGGUUUUUUUUGUCAAGAAAUUUAAUAGAUUAUAGUAGAGUUGAAUUAAACACAAGAACUGCCACAUGAAAUUGUAGAGACUUUAAACAGUCCAACUUGCCAUGCAAAGCAUUGUUUUUUAAACGUUUGACCUAUUUAUGCCUUAAAUCCUCAAUGACAAAUUUGCUUAUUCAUCUAGUGCUUAUUGCACUUAUGAAUGUCGCAUACGUUUUAAGAAAAUAGGGGGGAAAAAACACAGAACUCUGAAGUACUCUAUAAUUUACUUUUAAAAGAAAUGAAAUAAAAUCAUACGUUUUGUAUUCUAAAGCAUUGUAAAAAAAAAAAAAAAAAUCCACUCUUCUGUUUUACACAAAUGAGAGAACGAUUCAUGAAAUAAAUAUCACAAAUCUGAAAACAACUUCAUACUGAAAUGUUAAAACAAUUUGUUCAGUCAAAAUGUCAAAUUUGUCUCUACAUUUUCUCAGUCUCUCUUGAUGGACAUUAGAAAUAUAACACGUUGCAGUUUGAUUAUUACCUCGCUUAGAAUUUAUUUAGGUUGAGAGAAAAUCUUUUCACAAAUGUCAUGUAGGAGAAAUCUGUUAUGUGCUAGAGUUUGUGUCUAUUUUGAUAUUUUCUCUGUUCUGCCUGUGAAUGGAAUGGCCUCUUUCUGUAUGCAUUGCUCUCACUAGGUUUCUAAAUGACAGGCAGCAGUCACAUUAAACCUGGGAAAGGUUAGUAGUAGCAGAUGCUACUACUAAAGCUCUAUUGCUAUCACGAAACUCAGGGUAGCAUAUAUAUUUUCAAACCGCUGAAUAGUAUGAUGCAAUGCCGUUUAUUUGGGACUCUUGCUUGCCUGGAAAUGCUUUAAAUAAGGCACAAAUUUGGAUAUCCCUGAUAAAUUCCUAAAAAAAUACGAUUUAGUCACUUCUACAAAGGGGAAGCCAAUUAAUAAAACUGAAAUUUGAAAGUAGUGCUCACACUCUCGGCAAUUGUCAGAAACAUCGUGUGACUAUUUGAGCUCAAGAAGCUCAGUUCUAUCACAGCAUCCGUAUAGUGUGAAGCUUACUUGAUGUCAUAUUUGGAAUUCUGAAAACUGAUGGAAAAAAAAAAUCCCUUUAAUAAACCUACCAUAAAAUAAAA